UUGUCAGGUCGACCCUCCGAGUUCAUUGCCCGGGGUGUUAGGCUUGGUUACCAAGAUCAGCGCUACCAAAUUGCUGCGGGGCUGAUUUGGGGGCUGGGAAUCUGCCAGUCUGCUGUACAGACGCUGAUUUUUUUUUUUUUAAAGCAAGCCCUAGGUGCCCAAGCAUUAAGAGUCCAGCUGCAUCACACCACAAUCUCCAGGAUUUUAGGUGAUGGGCAGAUCAGAAAGUCAGAUGGAUAUAACUGAUAUCAACACUCCAAAGCCAAAGAAGAAACAGCGAUGGACUCCCCUGGAGAUCAGUCUCUCGGUCCUGGUCCUGCUCCUCACUGUCAUAGCUGUGACAAUGAUAGCUCUCUACGCAACCUAUGAUGAUGGUAUUUGCAAGUCAUCGGACUGCAUAAAAUCAGCUGCUCGACUGAUCCAGAACAUGGAUGCCACUGCUGAACCCUGUACAGACUUUUUCAAAUAUGCCUGUGGAGGCUGGUUGAAACACAACGUCAUUCCCGAGACCAGUUCCCGUUACAGUAAUUUUGACAUUUUAAGAGAUGAAUUAGAAGUCGUUUUGAAAGAUGUCCUUCAGGAACCUAAAACUGAAGAUAUUGUAGCAGUGCAGAAAGCAAAAACAUUGUACAGGUCUUGUGUGAAUGAAUCUGCUAUUGAUAGCAGAGGCGGAACACCUCUACUCAUACUGUUACCAGAUAUACAUGGGUGGCCUGUAGCCACAGAAAACUGGGAGCAAAUAUAUGGUACUUUGUGGACAGCGGAGAAAUCUAUUGCACAACUGAAUUCUAAAUAUGGGAAAAAAGUCCUUAUUAAUUUUUUUGUUGGCACUGAUGAUAAAAAUUCCAUGGACCAUAUAAUUCAUUUUGACCAACCUCGACUUGGCCUCCCUUCCAGAGACUACUAUGAAUGCACUGGGAUUUACACUGAGGCUUGCACAGCAUAUGUGGAGUUUAUGAUUGCUGUGGCCAAACUGAUUCGUCAGGAAAAAAGAUUGCCCAUCAAUGAAAGCCAGAUAACGUUGGAAAUGAAUAGAGUUAUGGAACUGGAAAAGGAAAUUGCCAAUGCUACAGCUAAACCUGAAGACCGAAAUGACCCAAUGCUUCUUUAUCACAAAAUGACCCUGGCCCAGAUGCAAACUAACUUUUCACUUGAGAUCGAUGGGAAGCCAUUCAGCUGGUCAAAUUUCACAAAUGAAAUUAUGUCAACUGUGAAUAUUAAUAUUCCAAAUGAGGAAGAUGUGGUUGUUUAUGCUCCAGAAUAUUUAACCAAACUUAAGCCCAUUCUUACCAAAUAUUCUGCCAGAGAUCUUCAAAAUUUAAUGUCCUGGCGGUUCAUAAUGGAUCUUGUAAGCAGCCUCAGCCGAACCUACAAGGAGUCCAGAAAUGCUUUCCGCAAGGCCCUUUAUGGCACAACAUCGGAAACGGCGACUUGGAGACGUUGUGCAAACUACGUCAACGGGAACAUGGAAAAUGCUGUGGGAAGGCUUUACGUGGAGGCCGCAUUUGCUGGAGCCAGUAAACAUGUGGUUGAGGAUUUGAUUGCACAGAUCCGAGAAGUUUUCAUUCAGACUCUAGAUGACCUCACGUGGAUGGACGCUGAGACGAAGAAGAGAGCCGAGGAAAAGGCCUUAGCAAUUAAAGAAAGGAUCGGCUAUCCUGAUGACAUUAUUUCAAAUGAUAACAAACUGAAUAACGAGUACCUUGAGUUGAACUACAAAGAAGACGAAUACUUUGAGAACAUAAUUCAAAAUUUGAAAUUCGGCCAAAGUAAACAACUAAAGAAACUCCGGGAGAAGGUGGACAAGGAUGAGUGGAUCAGCGGAGCAGCUGUAGUCAAUGCAUUUUAUUCUUCAGGAAGAAAUCAGAUAGUCUUCCCAGCUGGCAUUCUGCAGCCCCCCUUCUUUAGUGCCCAGCAGUCCAACUCAUUGAACUUUGGGGGCAUCGGCAUGGUCAUAGGACAUGAAAUCACCCAUGGCUUCGAUGACAAUGGCAGAAAUUUUAAUAAGGAUGGAGACCUCGUUGACUGGUGGACUCAACAAUCUGCAAAUAAUUUUAAAGAGCAAUCUCAGUGCAUGGUGUACCAGUAUGGAAACUUUUCCUGGGACCUGGCAGGUGGACAGCACCUCAAUGGAAUAAAUACUCUAGGAGAAAACAUUGCUGAUAAUGGAGGUAUUGGUCAAGCAUACAGAGCAUAUCAAAAUUAUGUUAAAAAGCAUGGUGAAGAAAAAUUACUUCCUGGAAUUAACCUCAAUCACAAACAACUGUUCUUCUUGAAUUUUGCCCAGGUAUGGUGUGGGACCUACAGGCCCGAAUAUGCAGUCAAUUCCAUUAAAACAGACGUGCACAGUCCAGGCAAUUUCAGGAUUAUUGGGACUUUGCAAAAUUCUGCUGAGUUCUCAGAAGCCUUUCACUGCCGCAAGAAUUCAUACAUGAAUCCAGAAAAGAAAUGCCGGGUUUGGUGAUUCCAGAAGCAGCAGCAGCACAGCCCUUGGCCAAAUUUGCCAACAUCGCAGGAAUGGGAAACUCUCUAGUUGGGGAGAAAACAGGCCCUGGGAGUCACUGAAGUGACCUGGGGAGACUUCACAGAGAUGAGAGCAUCAUCACGCAGGUGAAAUUAGGCUGUUCUAGAAAAGAAAAGCUGUGAAGGGAGGAAGGGGGUCUAAGGUCUAUCCAAUCAAUCACUUCUCACUGUGUAAAUAACACUUAAUCUCUAAAGAUAAUAUUACCAUUCGUUUCUGUUUCCUUUAUGGCCUGCCAGUUUGAUGUUGUCCCUUGAACAGUGUUAACCACUUGUGGGUAACAAUGGGAUUCGUGAAAAUUGGUGAAAUGCCCUGAGAUUUCUAACUGAAAGUAGAAAGAAGAAGCUGAAGAAGACGGUUGAGUACCAGAAGCACAGAGGUGACAUUGGGUCAAAACACAUUGCCCAGGAACCUGUUUUUACUUUUGUUUGCAACAUUCAUGCUCCUUCAAAACCCUUCCAAAGAAUUCUUAUACACAGCGGGGCCUUGGGCUUAUAUAGUUUUAAGCUCAUUUUGCCAUCCAUCAGUUAUUCAUCCUGUGACCAUUUUAUUUUAAGCAUCCUUAGGGCAAAAAUGAAUGUCUAAAAUUGUUUUUUUUGUUGCUGUGGUUGUACCUGCCUUGACUAAUACUGAGAUUCUUGAGGCCCCCUGUAAUUUUCUAAGCAAUUUCUUGCUCUGUCUCUCAAAACCUUGGCCUUUUUAAGAGAUUUAUAUGUAAUGUAUAAAUAAUAAUUUUAUAUUUAAUUAUUAACGACAUUCAUGACGAGUAACUGUUACAAGUAAUCAUGGAAUGUUGCAGUUUCAGACCAGGAUAAACAGUUAUAUAAAGUGGUAAACAAAUGAAAAUAUGGGACUUUUUAAACUUAUAAAUCAUAUUGAUGAAAAGCUUUAAGCACAAACUUUGGGGUGAAUGUUGCCAGGGGACGAUUGUCUGGAGAUUUAUAAUACCCGAAGCUUACAAGCAGGACUAUUAAAAUGAAGUCUGUCGCUGAGGGUGGCUCUGAUAAAAGGGAAAAACUGUGUCUCUAUAGACCCGUGUCUCCUAUCUUUCAGGUCUGUCAUCUGAUGGAAAUAUUUUGAUAAUAAAUUGAAAUCGUGAUCCCAUUAUUCACUAA